CGCUGUGCGCGCAAUCGAUGCCCGGAGGCGCCAUUCUCCCUUGGCACACUCGUCCACCAUACCCUGCAGGCUGCAGCUACCCACAGACAUGGCAGUGAGGUCCUCUCGCAGUCCCGCGCGCACAGACGGACAGAGGCCGCUGACCGGCAUUCCCGUCGAGAUCUACAUGCUGAUCGUGGACGAGCUGCUCGAAGAUGCGGACAUGCCCCUGGUCGAACGCAAGUCCAUUCUAUCGAACAUGAAUCUCGUCUGCCGGCUCUUCUCCGCGCUCGUUGCGCCCAAGCUGUUCUCCCUGGUGUCCUUCAGGGGCGCGCACGUGGGCGCGUCGGAGAGCGGGAAACGCAGGCGGGAUUCCUGGCUCAAGCAGCUCGCCCAGGGCGAGGAGACCGCCUGCCUGCUCGGGACGUUCGUCCGCCAUGUCGAAUACGUCGACUGGAUGCCACAGGGCACCCCCGCCCAGCGUGACCGCGUUAUCCCCGAUCUCGGCCGGCAUGUGCACAUCCUGCCUCGCUUCUCUAACCUCAAGAAGCUCCACCUCGACCAUACCCCCAUCUCCUCCGACCUCUUCGGAGCCAUUACGUCUCUGACGCGGCUGGAGACCCUGACCAUCGAACAUUGCUCCUACCACACACUGCGCACAAAGAAGGCCCUGCCGGAGGCCAGUCUGCCACUCCUCGUCGAACUCAAUGUGUCCAUGGUGGAGGAUGAUUUUGCCGCCUAUGUGCCUGCACUAGCGUCGCUUGCGACGACGCCGACACUCCAGUCCCUGAAAACGACCGAGUGGCCACUUGCCCGCGCGAUCAUGGAGGCAUCUACGGACGUUCCACUGAAGCACUUCGAGACAACGUACAUGCCCAGUGACGUGCACAUCCUAUUUGCCUUUCUCUGUCGAACCCCGACGCUCACGAGCCUUUGUCUGACGACCCCUCUCGAUGCUCCCGACGAUGAUCUCCGGUCUUCAUCAUCGCACAGCGCCCUCCCAGACACGUCUCUGCCGCGAUUGCGAGAGCUUCGCUGCCCCCUAAGUCUCCUCGCACCCCUCUUCAGACCGUCAGUAUCACGUCUCAACUUGGUGGACACUAGCGACUGGUUCCGUCUCAAUUCCACCUCGAGCAGUCGGCUCUUGGAGCCGCUGGAGCAAUGCGCCCUGAAAGAGCUGGAUGUCCCUAUGUGGGCGUGGCGCCGCUUCCCGCUGCAGCGAUACACACCCAAGCUCGCGAAGCUGGCAGUUUGCUUCCCUCUACUUCCUAUGAUCCCCCUCGAAACGAUGAUCGGCGCGUUCUGCAAUUGCGGACCGAAGUUAUCGCUGCAGACUCUUGAGCUGCGGUUCGCCGACAGCGUCUACGCCACUUGGAAGCUCAAUCUGCGCAUGCAGCACAACAUGGUCGUGGCGUACCUCGCGCGCAGAUUCCCAACCGCAAGCUGCUUCACGCUCGCCGACGCCAUCGAAUGGCACCGGGUCGCCAACGCCAACGGCUCGGCAUGGCAGCCGGUCGUCCGGGAGCGUGAGUGCGUCAAGGAGCUGCUGCAGUGCAAGGACAGCGCUGUGUGGGAGUUCAUGGAGGUGGCAGACCACGACGGGGCGCUCGCGGCGCUAUUCACGGAGGGUGAGAUGACGGCGGCCAUCGCAAAGCGUCUCUCACGGGGCGGAGCGCAUUGAAAACGCGCUAGGUCGUCGUGGAAGCACACGCAUGAGCGUGACCGUGGCGGCGCUGGUCUCCCGUUCCCAGAAUGGCGGUGAGCGCAACCGGUCCACGAGCCCCGUCUUCCGCUCCGUUGACGCCCUCUAUUUGGAACCGAGUUCAAUUGGCAUAUACCUUUGAGUUUGUACCGCAUGGACGCUGGGCACCGACUCCCCCAAAUUUCUUGUAGCAACCAUUUUUUCUUGUACCGAAUACCAUUUCGUGUCAUUCGCGACCUAUACAAUGCAGGAUAAACCAUGUUGUGGCAAUCG